AAGCCGGCGCAGCUCUGACGUCACCGGCUCGGCCCCGCCCCCCAACAUGGCGCGCGAAAUGAUCGGCCCCGCGCUGCCGCCCGGCUUCCCGCGCUGCGCGGAACAGGACCCGGAUGAGGAGCUGGGGCAGGUUGCAGGACCAGCGUUGCCCCCAGACUAUAGAAGCAGCAGCAGCUCAGAAGCUCCUGACAGCGAGGACGACUCUGAAUCUCCUCCCCUGCCUAGGGAUACAGGUGGAGAUUCUGGAGAGGAUUCAGAAGGAGGUUCACAACCCAAGAAGCCAAAAAGAAUUCAGGAAAACGAUGACGACGACGAUGGCUUUUUUGGGCCCGCUCUUCCUCCUGGCUUUAAAAAAGAGGAUGAUUCCCCAGAGAGGCCCAUCAUAGGUCCUGCGUUACCGCCUGGCUUUAGGAAGUCUGCACAGGACACUGCGAGUAACAGAUCUUCAAUAGGACCAUCUGCUUCAUCACAAUUCACACAGGCAACAGAUAGUAGUGAGGAAGAAGACAACAUUAUAGGCCCAAUGCCCGCAAAAGGACCAGUGGAGUCUGAUGUGACUCAAGAAUUUGAACGCAGAGCUCAGAGAAUGAAGGAGAAACUUACCUCUGCAGACAGCGGUGAACCCAAGCAACUUACAAGGGAAUCGUGGAUGACAGAACUUCCACCUGAGCUGAAAACCUUUGGAUUUGGCCCAAGGACAUUCAAGAGAAGAGCUGAAGACAAAUCAGGUGAUAGGUCUGUGUGGACAGAUACCCCAGCCGACAGAGAGAGAAAAGCCAAGGAAAGGGAAGAGGCAAAGAAGUCAACCAGUAAAGAUAAUGAAGAAAUUGUAUUAUCUGGGAGAGACAAGAGACUUGUUGAGCAGGUGACUUCAUAUAAUGAGUCAAAGAGAUCAGAGUCUCUCAUGGACAUGCAUCAGAAAAAGCUGAAGAGCAAAGCACCUGAAGAAAAGAACAAACCUCAGGAGAGAAGACCCUUUGACCGAGAGCAGGAUCUCAAAGUCAAUCGAUUCGAUGAAGCACAGAAGAAAGCUCUGAUAAGGAAAUCCAGGGAUCUGAAUUCUAAAUUUGAGCACAGUAAAGGCAAUAUGUUUUUAUAAGGUAAAAUCAUGAAGCUUUUUCUGAUGUCAAGAUUUGAAUACUUAAUUUUUUAAGUAUUCAAUUUUCCUGUAAAUAUUUGUACGCAAAAUAAAUAUCUCGAUGUUUAACUUGUUUUACUUGUCUGUAAAUGCUGUACUAUGGAGGGGCAUCUGUAUUGAAACUAAAGUGACAGAGGAAAGUGCUGUUAUUAAAAAGAUAAUUAAUUAAAAUGUUAUUUUAAGGAGCUUUA